AUAAAUUCUUUAUUAAUUAUGAUUCCAUCUACCACAUGCCUCGUCUCAAUCUCUCACUGUUCUUCAACAUACUUUUCCAUGUCUUUUGUAUGAAAAUUAUCCUAAAUCUUUUUAUAUUUAUUUGUUUUCCUCCCUUUCUUUUGCCGUCUGUUUCGUGACAAAAUAGUGCAUACCCCAUAAUUAUUAAUUCCUGCCUUCCUGCUUUCUUCCUUUCCCACACCGCAAGGAAAACACAAGUGUUCCCACAAGGAGAGAGAAAGAGAGAUUGCGCGAAGCGUUCAGUGAAUUUGGGAAUGGAUCUCCUCGUGAUCGGUGCACAAUCUACGUAGUUAUCAUCAAUAAUUGUGGCUAUGGGUUUUUUUUCUUGGUUUUUGGUCUUGUCGUCUUUUAUCUUUUGAUUUGUUGUUCAACCAAUCUCUGCUAGGAUUGCAAAAUAAAUUGCCCCGUUUGAUAGUUUUGGAGAGUGGGUAGUGGAAAAAUUGAGAAUUGGGUUUUGGGUUUGGAUUUGGAAAGUCUCUCUCACCUUAUAAUUCGGUUCUUUUCUGGGAUUCCUUCUCUUUCCUCUUUCUUUUUCAGGUGUUUGAUGUUUUUGUCUGUAAAGCAGAACAAAUUCUCACUGCUUUUUCUGCGCUGAAUUGGGCCUUUUGCUUAAGCUCGAAGAAGCUUCGUACAUUGCCCUCCAAUUCGGGUCUUUUGAAAAGUAGGGAUUUUGAUACAAUGGGGGUAGAAUUGUGAUUACUAUGGAUCCCCAGGCCUUCAUCAGGUUGUCAAUAGACUCACUGGGGCUCAGAUUUACUGGGGUAGGUCUGAAUACUGAGAAACAUGGAAUUCAUAGACUCUCUUUGCCCUGUGUUUGUGAGAUUCGGCUUCGAGGUUUUCCUGUUCAGACAACAAUGGUCCCCUUAAUAUCUUCUCCUGAAGCCAUACCUGAUACUCAGAGCAAUGCUUCAAGCUUCUACCUUGAGGAAUCUGAUUUAAAAGCACUGUUGGCUCCUGGUUGCUUCUAUAAUCCUCAUGCUUGUUUGGAGAUUGCUGUAUUUACUGGCAGGAAGGAGUCACAUUGUGGUGUUGGCAUCAAGAGGCAGCAAAUUGGGAUAUUUAGAAUGCAGGUUGGCCCUGAAUGGGGUGAAGGAAAGCCUUUGAUUCUCUUUAAUGGGUGGAAAGGUAUUGGCAAAAACAAACAGGAGAUUGGAAAACCAGGGGCAGAGCUGCAUGUAAGAGUGAAACUAGACCCUGAUCCCAGAUAUGUCUUCCAGUUUGAAGAUGUAACAACAUUGAGUCCUCAGAUAGUUCAGCUCCGAGGAUCCGUUAAGCAGCCAAUCUUCAGUUGCAAGUUUGACAAGGACAGGGUAUCCCAGGUUGACCCGUUAAGCAAUUACUGGUCUAAAUCCAGUGAGAGUUCAGACUUGGAGAUGGAGAGGAGAGAGAGAAAGGGAUGGAAGGUGAAGAUACAUGAUCUUUCUGGGUCGGCUGUUGCAGCAGCCUUCAUAACAACUCCCUUUGUGCCGUCAACAGGUUGUGAUUGGGUUGCCAAAUCAAACCCAGGAGCUUGGUUGAUUGUUCGUCCUGAUGCUUGUAGAUCGGAGAGCUGGCAGCCAUGGGGAAAGCUUGAAGCAUGGCGUGAGCGUGGCCUUAGAGACUCGAUUUGCUUUCGAUUCCGUCUUUUUUCUGAAGCACACGAAGGAGGAGAACUUCUUAUGCCUGAAAUACAUAUAAAUGCGGAAAAGGGUGGGGAAUUUUACAUAGACACCGAAAAACAGAUGAAAAGUGUAGUUUCAACUGCAAGUCCAAUACCUAGCCCACAAAGCAGUGGAGACUUCGGCGCUCUAAGCCCCAUAAUAGGAGGCUUUGUGAUGAGCUGUAGAGUUCAAGGUGAAGGUAAGCGCAGCAGGCCGUUAGUUCAACUGGCCAUGAGACAUGUGACUUGUGUGGAGGAUGCUGCCAUGUUCAUGGCACUCGCUGCCGCCGUUGACCUGAGUAUUGAGGCAUGCAGGCCAUUCCGUAGAAAGUUAAAGAAAGGUUUCCGACAUUCUGUAUGAAAAAGAAGUGAAAAGUUGCUGACGUGAAAAAUGGUCUCCUACUUCUGGUAGUUGUAAUUAUCAAGUUUAAUAUGCCUUUGGCAUCAAUGAACAGUAUUCUAUAGUCAACAUGGUGCUGAAUGUGAAAUAGCUUUACUUUUAACUUGCAAUCUU